UCUGUUGUUCGGUCUCGAAGUGUGCGGCGCGUUUUCGACUGGAAACGUUCGGAAAGCGAAACCCCGCAAAAGCAACGACUGAAAACGCCAAACGAAGGUUGCCUUCGACAACUAAUCACAACCCUACUGGUUUGCUCCUGGUGAAAGCGUUGCUGUGGAAUCUCUCGUCCCUAUCGGUGACUGGGAAGAAGGAGUAUUAGGCGUCUUUAAUAAGCGACGCCGGCCGCCGGCCGAAGGUGUUGCUCGCCGGCCGCUGGGUGAUGGCUCGACGCCGCACCGUGCUCUGCGCAUGCGUCUGCCUGGCGGCGCUGGGCGUCGCGGCGCUGGCGUCGGGCGCGCUGCUGGCCGCGCUGCUGGGCCCGCCCCCGACGCCGCCCCCGCGGCCGCCUCCGCCGCCGCCUCCGCGUCUGCCGCCUCCGCCGCCCCCCGGGCUCCACGACGACCUCGUGCUGGAGCGCGCCAGGCCGCCUCUGCGUCCGCAGGGCUCGGGCCGGCUGGAGCGCGUGCUGCACCUGGACCUGAAGGGCGCGCCGCCGCUGGCGCCCUUCCUGCGGGCGACGCUGGCGCUGGCGGCCGACGCCGGCGCCACGGCGCUGCUCGUCGAGUACGAGGACGCCUUCCCCUACUGGGGGGAGCUCGCCAACCUGUCUGCGCACGAUGCCUACUCCGUCCAGCAGGUGAGGGACCUGGUGGAGAUGUCUGAGCAUCUGGGCAUGUACGUGGUGCCGCUGGUGCAAACGUUUGGCCACCUGGAGAUGGCGCUCAAACAACGCCAGUGGGCGCAUCUGCGAGAGGAGAGGGCCCACCCAGACGCCAUCUGUCCCUCGCACCCACAGACUAUGCCCUUCAUCAGCGAGAUGAUACGCCAGGUGUUGGAGCUGCACCCGCACUCUCGCUACAUCCACAUCGGCUGCGACGAGGUAUUCCACCUGGGCACGUGCUCCCGCUGCCGCAGCCAGCGACUCGAGGACUGGCAGCUGUUCUCGCGGCACGUCUCGGCCGUUGUGGAGGCGGUGCGGGCGCUGCGGCCGGCGGCGGUGGCGCUGGUGUGGGAUGACAUGCUGAGGCGGUGGCCGCCGGCUCACGUGGCGGCGUCGGGGCUGGGCCGGCUGGUGCAGCCCGUCGUGUGGGCGUACGGCGCCGACGUGGCGGCGCAGGUGCCGCGCUUCGCCUGGCACGCCUACGCCAGGUCCUUCCGGCAGGUGUGGGUCGCCUCCGCCUUCAAGGGGGCGUCCGGUGAGACGGCGCUGGCGCCCGACUUGCGUCGCACGGCUGCCAACCACGCGGCGUGGAUGCGGCUGGUGUCGGGCGGGGUGCCCGGCUCCGAGGUGGACACGCCGGCGUUUCGCGGGGUCGUGCUGACGGGCUGGUCGCGCUACGACCACUUCGCGGCGCUCUGUGAGACGCUGCCCGUGGCGCUGCCGUCGCUGCUGCUCGCGCUGCUCGUCGUCGACGAGGCGGAGCGCCAGGGGCCCAGGGCCGCGCGCGGGGACCUGCUCGCCAAGGUGCUGCCGCGCUGGUGGUCGACGCUGUCGUGCCCCCGGCGCUCGACGCCUCCUUCGCCGUCAGCGCUAGAGGCGGACCCCUACCUGUGGAGGCCGCUGUCCGCCUGUGCGUUCCCCGGGGCCGACGCCUACGCUGCCGUCGCCGACGUGGCCGUCGCUGUGCCCAAGGCCGAGCUCUUCCUCUCUGAGGUGCGCGUGCGCCGGGGCUGGCUGACGCCGUGGCACGUGUCGCGCAACUACUCGAGCCCGGCGCGGCUGGCGGCGCUGGCCGCGGAAGCCUCCGCGGUGGCGGCCGAGCUGGAGAGCGCGUGGGCGCGCGCCGCCGCCGCCCUGUCGCGCCACCUGCCGCAGGCCGCGGUCGACGAGUGGCUGGAGCAGCGGCUGGCGCCCCAGAGGCGCGCCCUCGGGGCGCUGCGCUCCCAGGCCGCCGCCCUCUCCGGCAGGGACGUCUGGCCCAGGAGGCCGCUCCCAGCCUCUGUGGGCGACUAGCCACAGGUGGGGAGUCCACCCGGCUGCACCGCGGGGCCUGCCAGGGCCGUCAGCCUCCGGUGCCCGGGGAUCUGUCACUGUGCCCGAUGCGUCUGCACCGCACCUGAAGGAACGACAGCCACCCUAGAUCCGUUGGUGAGACUACAGCUCUAAAGAGUCUAUUCCUCGUACCCCGGAGAUACAGUCACACCACUGUCUGUGAUGUGCCUCCACAAUAUCUGUGUGAACCAUUGUACGAUUCCAUAAAGGAAGAAUCCUAACACUGCGACUAGUCUACUGUCCGUGCGUGUGGCCUCUCCUUUACACCCUCAUAGUCCUGUUAAUGCAGUGUUCAGGAUAUUUUAUCUCAGCAACAAAUAAGCUACCGGUUGAUGUCCACUGAGUGGGGGUCCAGUGCUGAAACCAUUCUACUGUCUAUCCAGACUAUCCUCCAUAUCUUGGAGAUCAGUUGAAUCACUGUGUGUGAUGCAUUCAGCUGGGGAAACCGACUUACCACACCACAAGUCCUAUCAGCAUUGUCAGCUUCUAAUGCCGAGACUUCUGCCCUAUCACCCCUAGAAACAACUUCUCCGCAGCAUGUGGAUGAAUAAUCCUGUCAAUUUCUACCCAACAUCAGUGAGACUACAGUCCCAUUAAGUCCAGUCCUGCUCCCCUGGAAAUCCAUUCACACCACUGUAGGUCAUGUGCCUCCACAGCAUCUAGAGGAACCAUCAUAUGAUUCCACAGAACUGAGAUUAGUGUAGUGCCCAUACACAUUGUGCAUCCUUGGUAUCCAUAAAGUCCACUCACUCUACUCUUCAGGAUAUGUCAUCACAGCAAUUGAUGAUUGGAUAGCCACCAAGCUGGAGCUCGUCAUGGAAACCAUCCUACUACGCAUCUACAGUCUCUCCUCUGUGCCCCAGGAGUCAGUUUUACUACUGUCCGUGAUGUGUGUUAACAAGAUUGUAGGCAGUGUGCAUAAAACUGAAGUUCGCAAAGUGGGAACAAUAGUGCACUUUCCACAGAACUCAGGUCUGCCACUGACUCCAGCCUACUAUUAUUUCACAAUAAUCUCUUCUUUGUACUCUGGAAAUCCAAUCUCAUUACUUUGAGCAACGCAUCACCUCUACAACUGGAAUCACCUUGAUAUGAUUUCUGUAGAGCUAUCGACGUGCAUAGAGCCCAGCCUACAGACUUCUGCAGAGCGUAUCCUUGAUAUCCUGAAAGUCGACUCACACCACUGUAUGUGACAUUUAUGUGUAUCAUCUGUUGGAGUCAUCAUAUAAUGCCCUCAGAACCGAGCUAUGGUUUUGAAAGCACCCUAUUGUCGAUCCACAAUCUAUUCUUGCUUUUGUGGUCGUUAGUUAGUCACAUUACCACUCUUGCUUUUUCACAACACGAAGAGAAGCCAUCUUGUCCACAAAAGAGACUUUGUCCCUGAGUUCUUGGUACCCUGGACGUACCGUCACACCAGUCUGUGCAAGCCCUGUUCAUAACAUAUUGGAAAACACUCAAGUUAUUUUUGACAGAACUGAAGUUCAUCGUCCAUCAAUGAGACCAGCAUACUGACCAUCCACAUGAUCUGCACUUGGUGCAUAGCAUGGGAUAUAAUAUGUCUUCACAACACUUGGGGGAUGACCACAAAAUUAUGCGUCUCCAGGGUCAUCCUACUUCCCAUCAGAUGGUUUAUUCCUGAUAGCUUGAAAGCUUGCCAAUCCACUGCAGAUAACAUGAAGCAAUCAUUGGACAACUGUCGUACAACUGACAUCCUGCACUGACAUUAGCCUAUUGUCCAUCCAUUCUUGAUAUCCUGAAAGUCCAGUCUAUCCACUGCCAGAAAUAGGUCAUCGCAGCAACUGAGGGAGCCAUCGUAUAACGGCAACAAGAAGGAGGUCUGCAAAUGAGACCAACCUACCGCCCAUCCACUGUCCAAUCUUGGUACCCUGGAAGUCAGCCGACUCCCACCAAACAUGGUAUGUCUUCAAAACACAUCAUAUUAUGUCCACAAAAUUUAUAUCUAUCACAAUUUCCCUCUGGCCAUCCAUUUUGUUGUUUGUCUUGAAAUGCAGUCGCACCACUGCCUGCAAUGUGUCCCCACAGCACCUUGGGGAGACACUGUAUGAUUUUCGCGACACUGAGGUCCAUCAACUACGAAGUCCACUUGCCCAGCCAGAUAACCUAUUAUGCCAUGUUAUAUUGUAUGUUAUGUUUUCAAGGCACCUGUGGCAGCUGCUGUACGAUUUACACAGAACGGCGGUCCAGCACUGAAGCCAUCCGUGGAGUUUCCAUGCACAGACCCCUAUGCUUGGGAAGCUGAUCUACUGUCGCUGCAUUAGAAGUGUUGUUACAAUAUCUGAGGGAGCUAUCAUCUCAUGCCUACGUGACUGACCUGUUAAAAGUUAUGGUGUGCUGUCUAGAUAGUGCAGUGGGCCAUAAAUUCUAUUAAUAAGAUGCAAAGAAUAAUGUCAUACACAACGAGACAUAUGAAAAUUAUUUGUACAUACAAUAUGAUUAUAAUUUGAUGUUAAGAAUGUCUCCUACUACUUUUCAUCAGCUUUGUCAUUGCUACGUGUGUCAUCCAGGUCUUACAGGUCUUCCUCCCAUAGGUCUGAUAAGAAGGGUUUUGCCAUCUGCAAACCUCAGGAUUGUUACCUUUCUCUUUACAUUUGACGCUAAUUUUUUUACUUGUCUGCAACCUCGAUAUCAGAAGAGCGUUACUAGUAGUAGGGAGUGGUGGGUUACCAAAGCCCAGAGACUCGUAUAUCAAGCUGGCUAUCAAUAGCGCCAUACUUUGACAGUAACAUGUAGAGCUACCAAGCAGUUGAUUGAAAGCCAAAAUUUCUGAGGCCUGUGUAUGAGGACUAUUUGGAACAUAAAGUCCGAUUGGUCGCGAAAUGAAAAACACCGUGAAAACCAAAAUAGUUAGCCAUAUGGUCGAGCUACUUCUUUACAUAGUCACUGCUCCGACCUUGUGAUAGCGCUGUACCAGCUUUUCAAUACCCUUGUCAUUGAAGGAAGCAGCCUAUACUUACUGUCAAUUGUCUAUGCUGGUCUAAAGCUCGUUGUCUGUGUCAAAAUGUUGUCUUCUUAGCCAGCGGUUAUAUGAACAGAGAUGAAACUCUGUGUUAGUCAGUUAUCGGCUGCAUGGUGGUUGACCAAACACUUCCCAUCAAAACCGCGGCAGGAGCAUCCUCAUUAGCCCUAUAGAGUGCGACCGAGAAUUGUCAUGAAGGAGGAACUGUGUGCCAGUUACAUUACGUGGGGUUGCCUGACAUCAGGCUGAACCUCACACCAGGCUAACAUACUUUUCAGGGGACACUACUGCCCUAGGCAUCUUUACGUGCUCGCUAUGCACUCAGAAUUGAAAAGAGCGAUGUGGCGCGACAGGCAGGCAUAUCUGUUCAAAGUUUCAUUGGACUUUUACUGUGGUUUCAAUUCCGCGUCCGAUCUGACCUUAUUCUCCGAAUAGCCCUCAUAGUUGCAAUAAGAGAUUGGCAUCGAGAUGUGCCUCCUAAACACGUUACAUUUUGGUCUGAAACAUCAGCUUGAAGUUCAGUGUUAAUGACCUUCCUCAAAGACCACACUAGUGUACCUGACCCAGACAUGAACCUGGGUGGCAUCCUUUUCUCACUUCACGCUUAUGUGUAGUUUGAAACUGAAAAAAGAGAAGACAUGUGGUCGACUCAUUUUAUAACUUGGGGUCACAACGCAUGCCUGGGAUGAUUCAGCUGGUGGGGCCAUAACCAGCUUUGAAACUCAGUUAAGAUGUUCAGAUUUUAUCUGUCAGAAAAAUGAGUGAUCCUUUCUGUUGCACCUUUACGAAAAUCCAUUUAAAAGUCUGUACAAGAUGAGAAUUAAUCUGAAACAUAACGCUCACGAUACAAAUUGUUAUGAUACAGGAUGUGUGUACGAGCUGGAGCAGCAAAGACUUUAAUAAAAUAUGUGUCUAGCACCUAGCCAGAUAUAGUGAUAAAACUGCUUUAAUCCAUGUCAAGUGUGACUCAGUGGGGGAAAAUGUCCUUUAAAGAUGAGGAUGUAAUUUCUUAAAUCCUUUGUUGUCAAAAUAAAAACCAUGAUUGACACCAA